GGGGAGAACCACGGCCCUGACGGAGGGACAGGGGGGAGAAGGGAGACGAGACACAGAGCCAACCCAUGGCCACAGGUCGUGUGGUAGGGAUCCUUCAGAGGAACUGGAGGGACUAUGUUGUGACCUUCCCCCCCAAGGAGGAGACCCAAUCACAGAGCAGGAACUCCCAGCGUAUCCUGGCCACGCCCUGGGACCAACGCAUCCCCAAGAUCCGAAUCAGCACCCAACAGGCUGACAAACUACAGGAUCACCGGGUGAUAGUUCGUCUGGACUCGUGGGACAGCACCUCCCUCUACCCUAACGGACACAGUGUCAGGGUUCUGGGCCGGGCUGGGGAGCUGGAGACUGAGGUCCAAACCAUCCUCAUAGAGAACUGCAUCCACGUACCUCCUUUCUCUGAGGCGCAGCUCGGUGAGAUGCCAGUGUCCUCCCCUGAGAGCCCCUGGUCGGUAGACCCCGCUGAGGUGAUUACCAGACGGGAUCUGAGACAAACCCACCUGGUGUUCAGCGUCGACCCUCGGGGCUGUGAGGACGUAGACGACACCCUGUCCAUACGCAGCCUCCCCCCCGGCCCGCGGGGUGAGAGGUUAGAGCUGGGCGUUCACAUCGCUGACGUCACACACUUUGUUAAAGAGGGGUCCCUGACAGACCUGGAGGCUCGCGCUAGGUGAGAGGGAGAGGGGGAG